AUGAUUAAGGAUAUGGACUAUAAUGGAAAAGAAUGUGGACAAAAAGUCAUUACCAAAGAUCCGGUUAUACGUCAGCAUGGAGCCACUGUGAGCUUCCACAACAUCAAGUACAGUUUGACAAUAAAGAGUAGGUCCUGUAAAAAGAAGAGUGUCACCAGGGACAUUUUGGUGGACCUCAACGGGAUUAUGAAACCUGGCUUAAAUGCCAUAUUGGGCCCCUCGGGAGGUGGCAAAUCUUCGUUUUUGGAUGUGCUUGCAGCAAGGAAGAACCCCUCAGGUCUCUCUGGUGAAGUCCUGAUUGAUGGAGCUCCACAGCCAUCUAAUUACAAAUGCCUCUCUGGCUACGUAGUACAAGAUGACAUUGUGAUGGGCACUCUGACUGUGCGGGAGAAUCUUUGCUUCUCGGCUGCACUUCGUCUUUCAUCCUCUGUAAAACAAAAGGAAAAGGAUGCCAGAGUUAAUCACCUCAUUUCAGAGUUAGGCCUCAGUAAAGUGGCAGACAAAAAGGUGGGCACUCAGCUGAUUCGUGGCAUCUCUGGAGGUGAACGAAAGAGGACCAGCAUUGGCAUGGAGAUGAUCAUUGAUCCCUCUGUACUGUUCCUGGAUGAACCCACCACAGGCCUGGAUGCCAGCACCGCCAACUCUGUUCUACUGCUGCUCAAACGAAUGGGCAACAAUGGACGUACCAUAAUCAUGUCUAUCCACCAGCCGCGCUACUCCAUCUACCAGCUGUUUGAUAACCUCACACUGCUGGUCAGUGGCAAACAAGUCUAUCAUGGACCAGCUGAUGAUGCACUAAACUACUUCGCCAACAUUGGUUAUGUGUGUGAGGACCAUAACAACCCAGCAGAUUUCUUCCUGGAUGUCAUUAAUCGAGACGCCAUAGCUGCGACAUUGGCCAGACUGCAGAAUGCAGAAGGGAUUAAAGAGUCUGGAGGACCAAGGCAAAGCACUGAAGAGCAUCUGGUGGAGGAAUACAGGAAAAGCAAAUAUGCUCAGGAAACCAAGGCUGAACUGGAGCAAAUCAUGAGGGGAAAAGAGUACAGCACCAAACCCAAGCUCCGCACCAUCACCUACAACACCGGUUUCUUUCACCAACUACACUGGCUCGCUAAGCGGACUAUUCGGAAUUUGGUGCUUAGCCCUCAAACCUCCAUUGCACAGUUGUUAGUGUCCACUUUCUUGGCACUCAUUGCUGGCGCCGUUAUGUUUGGAGUGAAAGACAACCAAAGCGGCAUACAGAACAGAUUAGGAGCUCUGUUCUUCAUCACGAGCAAUCACUGUUUCAGUUCGGUGUCAGCUGCUAAUCUUUUCAUCACUGAGAGGAAGCUCUUUAUGCAUGAAUACAUCAGUGGCUACUACAGAGUGUCUGUGUACUUCCUGUCUAAGAUCCUGUCUGAUGUAAUCACUCUGCGCACGAUUCCUGCUGGGGUUUUCAUCUGUAUAUUUUACUUUAUGAUUGGAUUUAAACUCACACCAGCAGCAUUCUUCACAUUCAUGUUGACUGUAAUGCUAACAGCGUACACAUCUACAGCUAUGGCCCUGGCCAUCUCUGCUGGUCAGUCUGUCGUAGCUAUUGCAAAUGUCUCAGUCAACAUUACUCUUCUCCUUAUGGUGAUCUUCUCUGGUCUGCUGGUUAAUCUGGAAAGUGUCAUGUCCUGGAUUGCCUGGAUUAAGUACCUGAGCAUCCCUCAUUAUGGAUUCACGGCUUUGGAGAUCAAUGAGUUUGUAGGACUGACGUUUUGUGGGAAUCUCACUGAUGGACUGAUAUCCAACACUACUAAAGGAAUCAUCUGCACAGGGGAACAAUACCUUCAGACCCAAGGAAUCGACUAUUCUACAUGGGGAUUAUGGCAGAAUCACAUGGCCCUGAUAAUUAUGAAUAUCAUAUUUCUCAUCAUCACCUACAUCAAGCUCAGGUUCAUGGGCAAAUUCUCCUGA